AUGCCGACCGCCCAGCAGACCAGCCUGGGAUGGAUCCUGUCCGGCGGCUACGACGCAACAGCAAUCAACGGACAUCGCCGCACAUUCCGGUGCACCGCCGAUCACGACCUCGCCGACCUCGUUCGACGCUUUUGGGAGCAGGAGAGCGAGCCAAUAACUCGGGCUCCACUUACUCCCGAAGAAGCUAAGUGCGAGGAAUUAUAUGUGCGCACCGUCACACGCACGUCCACCGGGAGGUACAUUGUGAGGCUACCACUUUCAUCACCGCCGACGAAUCUUCACGAGACUCGCCGACCAGCGGAGCGCCUCUUGAGAACCAUGGAGACCAAAGGCAGCCGAGAUCCUCGAUUUGGCGACCUUUAUCGCAGCUUCAUGCAGGAGUUCGAAGACCUACAACACAUGAAGAGAGUCAACAUUGCAACUACAGCGGAUGACCUCAAGUGUUACUUACCGCAUCACGGGGUCCUGAAGGAGUCGAGCACGACGACAAAACUCCGAGUCGUAUUUAACGGCUCUCAACGCACACAGGCCGGUACUUCACUGAACUCUCAUCUGUUGACUGGGGCGAAUCUUCUGCCAGCGCUCAACGACGUGUUGCUGCGAUGGCGUUGGCACCGGUACGUCUUUGUCACCGACGUAGAAAAAAUGUACCGCCAAAUCCUCGUACAUCCUGAGGAUUGCCGUCUUCAAACAAUCCUGUGGCGUCACAACAAGACGGACGAAAUCCAAGAAUACGACCUGCUAACGGUGACCUACGGCAUGGCUUGUGCACCGUUCCUGGCCAUACGAACACUGCGGCAACUCUGCGCAGACGAGGGGACGCAAUUUCCUCAAGGAGCCACAGCACUUAAGCGUGACUGCUACGUCGACGACGUGGUCACCGGCGCAGACAACCUCGACGAUGCCAUCAACCUCCAGACGGAGCUGCGCCACCUGUGCACGGCGGGCGGAUUUCCACUGAAGAAGUGGGCCUCAAAUAACUCCGAGGUCCUCGCGGGAGUCCCUCAAGAGCAUCGGCUGCCGCAAGGACCGCAUUCAUGGGACGGAGAGAGCCAUUCGACCUUGAGCCUGCGAUGGCAUCCUCAAGAUGACUGGUUUGCCUUCGCAAUACAUCCGCGUUCAGUCACAGAAUUCACGAAGCGACGAGUCCUCGCCGAGACUGUGCGACCGACCACUGGUCGCGAUCCCCAGGAUCCUGUUGCGGGCGAACGACCCUCGCAGAUGGAUGAAGCAGACCCAAACACCAACGACGGAACACCCAAGGAAGUUCCACCUACCCAGGAAGCGACCUCGUUGGAGAUAGCCGAUGAACGACCCACAAUCAUCCUAGGAGCCACAGCGAGCCCUGAGAAGGAUGAAGGACGUGUCACGGAUAUCCCAAUGCAAUAG